AAUAGUUUGAUUCUUUCUUUCUUAAUUUAUAGGGUAUCACCUUGAUAUCAGCCUGGUUUUCAAAAAAUUUGCAAGCAGCAGCAGCUGCUUGCUGGUUGUACUCCAACCUGACAUCUUGCCAAGCACUUGGAAAUAUGUGCGUGAUGAACAUGAAUAGUUUAAGCUCUGGUAGCAAUGAUGCAUGUGGCCUGUUUCAAUAUGUCUAUGCAAAUACUGCUGGGCUUGGUACUGUUAAUUCAAUAUCAUUUUGGAGGCAGAAUCUUCCAUGGCUAUAUUAUGGUGACCAGCCAGGAUUAGCAUCACAGGUCCUUGAUACAACCCAAUUUCCAACUAGUUUCACUUUUAAAGGAACAAACAAGAAUAUAAAAUUGCAAUUUAUUGCAGCUUCAUAUGAUCCAGAGGGAAAUUUUCUUCAAUGGCAAUAUUUAGAAGGUGGUAUUUUACAGCUUUGCCCAGAUACAUUGACCAGACUGAAUGCUGCUUACACCUUUGGGACAACUUACCAACAAAAAUGUAAAAUUUCGGUUUCCAAGAUUUUAAAGGAUUAUUCUAAUCCAGUGUUUUAUGAUGUGUUCCUUGAAUAUUAUGAUGAAGAAGAUAAACAACAAUACCUUUGGGCAGUGCCAGUCUUAAACUUAAAUCUUCAAUAUAAUGAAGUGUUUAUAAAUAAAGGUAGCAAUAUGAACAACUGGCUUUUGACACGUCGGAUGUUUUUGGUGGAUACUUUAAGUGGGCAAGAGAAUGACCUGGGAAACCAACCAAGAAUAAUCCGAAUUGCUAGUGAAAUAACUAUAAGCAUUCGUCUUGUGCCUAACACUCAAAGAGGAGCCAUCUAUCCCCCUUUGAUUAUAAUUGCCUACAGUGAUGUUCUGGUCCAAAAUCCCAAUACAGAGAGUGUGCUGGUUUCCUUUUCAGUUGAUUAUGAAAUGAACCAGUCAGAGGCUCGUAUUCAAACUGAUAUAGCCCUUGGUGUUCUGGGUGGCUUGGCAGUUCUGUGGUCUCUUCUCAGGACUGCUGGCUGGAAGAGGCGUAUAGGGAGCCCGUUGAUUGAUUUGCAGACAGUUCUGAAGUUCUUGCUGUUCUAUGCUGGAGACCUUGCAAAUGUUUUCUUUGUCAUCUCAGUGGGAACAGGGAUUUAUUGGCUUGUAUUCUUCAAAAGUAUAGAGGCACAGCAGUUUGUUUCUGUUCUCUUACCUCUGCCAAGUCAAGAAGAUAAUUUUGUUUCUUAUCUUGGAUGUGCAUUUACUCUGAAGGCACUGCAAUUUUUGCAUCUGCUUUUUUCCCAGCUUACUAUUGAUAUAUUUUUCAUUGACUGGGAGCGUCCUAGAGGAAAAGUUCUUAAAGCAGUUGAAGGAGAAAGUGGCAUAAGAAGUAUUUCUGCACCAGUCAGCAUAUGGAGAACAUAUUUCAUAGCAAAUGAAUGGAAUGAAAUUCAAACCAUCAGGAAAAUAAAUCCUGUCUUCCAAGUAUUUGCAGUUCUCUUCUUUUUAGAGGUUGUAGGAUUUUCAAAUCUGGCCAUAAUGGAUUCCUCUUCCAGUCUUACUAGAAGCCCCGAGAGUUACAUAGCUCCCUCUAGUCGCAUUCUUAGAUAUGGUGUCUCUGCAGCACUUUGGCUGGUCAUUGCCAUAAUUCAGAUGACAUACUUUUCUGUAUUUUAUGAAAGAUUUGUAGAAGAUAAGAUAAGGCAAUUUGUUGACUUGUGCUGUAUGAGCAACAUUUCAGUCUUUCUGUUGUCACACAGAUGCUUUGGAUAUUAUAUUCAUGGUCGAUCAGUGCAUGGCCAUUCAGAUACCAAUAUGGAAGAGAUGAAUAUGAACCUAAAGAGAGAAGCGGAAAACCUAUGUGGUCAAAGAGGUUUGUUACCAAAUACAGAUGGCCAAACAUUUCAGAUUUCCAUUUCAAGCCAGAUGAGACAGCAUUAUGACAGGAUUCAUGAAACAUUAACAAGGAAACACGGCCCAGUUAGGCUUUUGAAUUCCCCUGCAACUACAUUUGAACAAAGCACUAAGGCAUACCAUACCAUGAAUAAAUUCCUAGGCUCAUUUAUUGAUCACGUUCAUAAGGAAAUGGAUUACAUUGUAAGGGAUAAAUUGUUGUUAGAGCGAAUCCUAGGAAUGGAGUUUAUGGAACCAAUGGAUAAAAGCAUCUUUUACAAUGAUGAAGGACAUUCUUUCAGUGAUGUUCUUUUUUAUGGCAAUGAAUCUACACUUCUCAUCUUUGAUAUGCUGUUUUUCACUAUUGUGGAUAUGUCUACCCAAAGUUUCGUUUUGGCCGCUAUUCUUACAUAUUUACAACAAGAGAUUUUUAGAUUCAUUCGGAAUUCAGUUGGACAGAAGAAUUUGGCAUCCAAAACUCUAGUGGAUGAACGAUUUCUUAUAUAAAUGAAAAGGAAAAAAAAAUCUAGCUGGGAACCAAUUGGUCCAUGAAAUGUUUGCACAAAAGACAAAUUCAUUUGUAGUACAAUGUAAAUAUUAAUGUAUAGUAUUAUUCUUUCAUUUUGUAUGCUACAAAACCAAUAUUUUGGAUGACUUUGGUACUUUUGUAUUUAUAAUAUCUGAUUAAUCACAUGCCUUAAAGGGAUAUUAAGUUACAGCAAAGUGUCACUUUGAAUAUUACAAAACUAAAACCAUGCAUUUAUUUGGGAUAUAUUAUA